CGUCGGCGUCUUGUCUCAGAGUGAAAGUUGUCCACAGAGGAGAGAGGAAAGGAGGAGGGAAGAGCAGCCAGACAGUCAGCCGGGGCUCGGUCACUUCCUCACGGCCACCGCUGCUACGUUCCCUCGGCUUGUUGUCCUUCUCCCAGCGAUGAGACGGAAGGAGAAGCGGCUGCUGCAGUUCGCCGGGCUGCUCAUCGCGGCUCUCCUUUUCCUCCCCAACGUCGGUCUGUGGUCCUUGUACCGCGACCGGGUGUUCGACAGACCGGCGGCCACCGCGGCGGACGGACCGGGCGGCGGCCAGCAGACACAGGGGCUAAACCAGAUGAGGAAGGGCGCCCAGGUUGGGCAAGACGGCGUGCGGCGCGUGGACUGGCACGACUACGACGCCAUCAGGAGGGACGCCGCGAGAGUCGGAAACGGCGAACAGGGAAAACCUUUUCCCAUGUCCGAGGCCGACCGUGUGGACAUGGCCUACAGGGAGAACGGCUUCAACAUCUACGUCAGCGACCGCAUCUCACUCAACCGCUCCCUUCCGGACAUCCGCCACCCAAAUUGUAAACAGAAGCUGUACGCCGAGAAGCUGCCCAACACCAGCAUCAUCAUCCCGUUCCACAACGAGGGCUGGUCGUCGCUCCUGAGGACCGUCCACAGCGUCCUCAACCGCUCUCCUCCGCAGCUCAUCGCCGAGGUCAUCCUGGUGGACGACUUCAGCGACAAAGAGCACCUGAAGGCGGCGCUGGAGGAGUACAUGGACCGCCUGCCCAAAGUGCGCAUCCUGAGGACCAAGAAGAGGGAAGGUCUGAUCCGGACCCGGCUUCUGGGCGCCGCCGCCGCCAAGGCCCAGGUCAUCACCUUCCUGGACUCGCACUGCGAGGCCAACAUCAACUGGCUGCCUCCGCUACUCGACCGAAUCGCUCAGAACCGGAAAACGGUGGUUUGCCCGAUGAUCGACGUAAUCGACCACGACAACUUUGGCUACGACGCGCAGGCGGGCGACGCCAUGCGCGGCGCCUUCGACUGGGAAAUGUACUACAAGCGCAUCCCCAUCCCCGCUCGACUGCAGAAGGACGACCCCAGCGAACCGUUUGAGUCUCCGGUGAUGGCGGGCGGGUUGUUCGCCAUUGACAGGAAGUGGUUCUGGGAGCUGGGAGGGUACGACACGGGUUUGGAGAUCUGGGGAGGAGAGCAGUACGAGAUCUCCUUCAAGUUGUGGAUGUGCGGCGGACGCAUGGAGGACAUUCCGUGCUCCAGGGUGGGACACAUCUACAGGAAGUACGUCCCCUACAAGGUCCCCGGCGGGAUCAGCUUAGCGAAGAACCUGAAGCGCGUGGCCGAGGUGUGGAUGGACGAGUACACCGAGUACGUGUACCAGCGGCGGCCCGAGUACCGUCACCUGUCGGCGGGCGACAUGACGGCGCAGAAGGAGCUGAGGAGCCGCCUGGCGUGCAAGAAUUUCAAGUGGUUCAUGAGCGAGGUGGCCUGGGAUCUGCCAGAGCACUACCCGCCCGUGGAGCCCCCCGCCGCCGCCUGGGGCGAGAUCCGGAACGCGGGCAGCGGCAUGUGCAUGGAGGUCAAACACUUUGUGUCGGGCAGCCCCGUGCGCCUGGAGAACUGCGCCAAAAGCCGCGGCGACGUGGCCUGGAGUCACGGACAGGUGUUGACGCUGGGUUGGCGAGAGGACAUCCGUGUGGGCGACCCGGUGCACACCAGGAAGGUUUGCCUGGACGCCGUCUCCCACAGAAGCCUCGUCACCCUCUACGACUGUCACGGCAUGAAGGGAAACCAACUGUGGCGCUACCGAAAGGAUAAGAGCUUGUACCACCCGGUGAGCAACAGCUGCGUAGACAGCAAUCCCGGCGAGCGGCGCGUCUUCAUGAACACGUGCGACCCGACUUCGCUGAGCCAGCAGUGGCUCUUCGAGAGGACCAACGCCACCGUUCUGGAGCGCUUCAACCGGGGCACGGAUUGACCCCGCCCCUGCAAGAACAGCACCACAUACAAGUACUGGGUCUGGAACGUAUCACCCCUCCCCCGCGACAUACGGGGGGUUCGCUGUACCUCAGCUUGUUAAGGCACCAAUCGGAUUUUACCUCAUUUUGCCCAGAGGAAAAAAACAGAUGGCGAAGAACGAGCUGUUUGACAAACAGUCGAGGAAAAGGCUUCGCGAGGGGGCUGCUCGGUCCACCGGGCGACGAUGACGUCCAGAAUCCAGUCAGACCACAAGAGCUUGAGACCAGGAAGACGGUGGUCCCGGAGGGGGCGGUUGGUCCCCGAAGACCCUCCGAAGAAGUUUGCUCUCUUUUAAAGCGCCAGUCCAAAUGUUUGGAGAACUCUCUCGGUAAAAGUCUCGGAUUUGGACGGACGUGCCGUAGUGUCUUCUUCAAUCGCCGCCUUUGGACGCUCUUGCACAGGCUGCCGACUCUUUUCUCAGAGAACACGUUGAUAGGACUUUGUAUUUUGUAUCCAAUAAAGAUAUUGUUGUGUCUA